AACCACCAUCUCGAACGGACCCACCUUGUAUGAAAACGCCGCAGCACAAAAGCUGUCACUCUGACUUUCCAUCCGCGAUGACACCGUUCACUCAUCAUCAACGUCAGUUUGGAUUUCGUAUUUUGAAAAAUUCUUAGUGAUAUAAUGACUUCAUUGCAUUCGCCUGAGUUUGAGCAAGUUAACAAGCAGUUGCUGCAAAAUCAGUCGUUUCUGUACAACGAGAACCAAAAAUUACAAGAUGACGUUAAAAAGUUAUCUUACCAAUUGGAAAAUUUGAGGAAAACCUCUGUCAAGCCGGAGAUCUUUGAUGCGCUCAAGAAGGAAAAGAACCAUCUCUUAACUUUGAACGAAACCUUCAAAAGAAAACUCCAGCAAUUGAGGGCACCUCCUGGUACCCUUACUCCUUACGAUGCUGCUAAAGAGCUAAAGGAGAAGGAUGAGCUACUAGCAACAGUACGGGAUCUCGACGAGCUUAUCAGCAAGGUGAAAUGUAUGGAAAAAUUUGAAGUAAAACCUCCUCAAGAAGACUUGCACAAAAUGGUAAACGCACUGACUAGCAGAUUGGAAGAAGAACAACAAAAGUCUCAUGAAGCGGAUGAAACCAUAAGAAAAUUGCGACAAGAUGACGAAAAAUACAUUAUGAGAGAAAAACUUGUAGAAAUGAAGCAGCUGGUAACAGAUUUGGAAAUCGAAAACUCAAAGUUGAAGUUUGAAAUAGAACAGUUAAACGAUGAUGUUGACACUUACAAAAGACAGCUGGAUGAUGCUACUGAAGAGCUGAAACAAUCAGCAGCUAGGUGCUGUCAACUGGAAGACGAAAAGGAUAAGCUAAAAGAAUCUGUUUCUGAGCUAGAAAAUGAAAAAAUUGAGCUGAAGAAAGAAAUGAUACAGGAAAUGACUGAGGCAAACAGAGCUAAAAGGGUAUCGGUCGAUACUGAGAUUGCUUUACAACAUAUUGCUGAAGCUUACGAGACAAAGAGAAAAGAGAUGAACUGUAUAAUAACUCCCUAUGCAAACGAUACUGUAUUGAACUGCUCUGGCAAUGCAUGGAUAGAAGGUCAUGAUACGGCGAAAAAAUGGUUUUAUUGAUAUAGAAGAUUAGAUUGAUAUCAAUAAUUUCAGCUAAGGUAUCUACAAAACUAAGGUUACUGCCUUCUCACCAACAUGUACGUAUUACCUCAAUGACAUUUCUGUUUGAAAAAUGUCAAAAUUAUAUAGCCAGUAAACCGAAAAGUGUAAGUGAGCUAUUCAAAGCAGAUGCUCUAUUGAAUGUGAUAGCUUCUACAUCUAUGCAUUGCUGAAGAUAAUUCUUGGGAAAACAAAUUUCGAAAAGAUGAGUCAUGCUUAUGAAAUGAGAAGAAAUCAAAAACAGCUACUCAUAUAUCAAAAUAUGGCAGCAUUAAUGCAGCAACAAGAUGACGCAGAAAGUAUCAUUAAGGAGUUCAAAGAUCAAUUUGCUGCCGCAGACAAUCCCGAGUUUUGAUCUUAGAAGGUCAUUCUUGAUAAAUCAGCUUCCAUCUGUAAGAAGUCAAUAAUAAAGUCAACUUUAAGUGCCCACCUUAUUCAAUUGAACGUGUACCAUUAUAAAAUGGAAGUAAGUGAAGCCUUCCUCAAAGCGAAAUUUGCAACUUUCUAAUUCACUUAUGAAAUGCUUAGUAUAUUAACUUUGCUUAAUAGAUGCAAUCUCUCAAAUGUUGACAGACACAUGCACGCUCAUCACCAUUAAAACUUAUCACAACUCACUUAAAACAUAGUACACGUAGUACAUGGUACCUACCAGUGAAUAAAAGGAAUGAUAAUUUCUUAUUUAUUACUUUAAGCAGUUUGAUCCAGUUUCUCUUCCGGGAUAUCUCCCAUCUAACAAGAAGUAGUCGUCCAUAAACGGGAACGAUGCGAUGUACCUAUGUUAUCUUGCACCAAUCUGUUGCGUUUAAUAUAAAUACUGAUAUAACAUAUUUAGUGUUGUGUGUUUGUGUGAUUGGUUCCGAGGCAAUUCGAUACUCUUCUUUCAUACUUCUUGGAAACAACUUACUCUAGACUGUAGCUAAAAAAGUACAAUGUUUGCUCAUACAUAGUGAUACUUAAUGGCAAAUAAAGACUGUAUCCCCAUCUAUGAGCUCAGACUCCGUUCAAAUCAUUUGAAAAGAUUUGGU